CGCGCUCCACCCAUGAACGCCCCACUGGCCAUAAAUACUGCUUAUCGAGCCUACCUCUCCGGAGUGGCGGCCACCGGAAUGGGCUACGAGCAGUAUUACUGGCCUUCCCCGGAGGAAAAAGAGCAGGAGCCGGUGCACAGCUCCGAGGGGGGCCCUCCCCCAGAAGCUUUAGGCGACGUAGAGGAAAAGGCGUCCCACAAAAACCCAAAUCUUUCUCCAAGGUCUUCCAGUUCUGGAAUAUUAAUUCUUUACACCCCUGACUCUGCCACCAGUCCCAACAGACAGUCUUCUUCUCCACAGCUGACUUCUACGCCCCAGAGAUGCAAGGAGGAAAAUCCAGGAGGCAGGAAAGUCAAAACACGGACAGCUUUCUCUCAAGAGCAGUUGGAAAUCCUGCACCACAGAUUCCAGAGCCAAAAGUAUCUCAGUCCACAACAGAUCCGAGAACUGGCUGCAGCCUUGAAACUCACUUACAAACAAGUAAAAACAUGGUUUCAGAAUCAACGGAUGAAGUUUAAGCGAACCCAGAAAGAAACCUUGUGGAUGAGAAAAGGGAUGUGUCAAGCUCAGAAUAAUUAUUUGGACAUAAACCCAAGCUACCACGAAGGUUACAGUAUUGGUGAGGCCAGGAACAUCCAUUCACUGACUGCUGAGCACGAGAACUACACCAGCAAUCAAAACUAUAGCAAUAACCAGAAUUAUAAUAGUGACCACCAGGUCUACAGUAGUCCCCAGAAUUUUUAUCCAGUUGGUGAGGAUGGGAGCUUCUUUGGAAAAGCUGGUGGGGCCUGCUACAGCCCACAAGCCAUCAGCUAUAUCAGCCACCAAAAGAUGAAUUUUUAUCCUGGCUUCUCUGCAAGCAUGGAGUAUGCUACCGUGAAGAUGGAAGAAGAGUAUACCUUCCCAAAUGCAUCUUCUGCUGCCACAGCGUUCCCAGGCCCCUCUGUCCUCCAGCACCAUCAGGCCCCUCUACAAACUCAAGGACCACACAGCAACUGCGACUCCUAAGCUUCUUGCUUUUGUAGUCUUUCUUCUUUCUUUUAACACAGUCUCCUUCAUCUUCCCACUCCCUCCAGCAUACAUAAGCAAAGGGACCGUGGCACUUGUCAAAAGCUAGGCUCUUCCUGGCACCCUGUUCUCGCACAGGCAGUACUACGUAUGCUGCUCGUGUGCGUGUGAGACUGAGAUUCUGAACUUUCAUCAGGUCUGUCCUGGCUGGCUCCAGGAAGAGGCACUGCGAUGCGAGUAUGGAAGGCAGUUCUCAUUCAGGAAAUGAGAAUUUAGGGAACAUCAGAAUUCAUUAGCCCUGUCUGCAUGGCUUGCCUCUGGUUCCCCCCCUCCCCAUCCCUUAAUGCCACUUUAUUAAUCAUUUAGCUGGAGUUCAGACACAAGUGCGGUUGGGAAGAAGCUCUGACUUGUGAACUCAUCCCUUUGUCUGGUGUCUUAUGCUGAUUUGAUCUUUCAUAAAAGUCCUUGUUCCUUUCCUGACAAAGUUGUUGUAAGCAAAGAAGGACAUGGCUAGCUGAGUACAUCUGUUCAUCUAAUUGCUUGUAAGAGAUUUUCAACAGAUGGAGACCAUUUUGCA